AUGGAAAACCACAAGGAUGUAGGGAUCAAUUUCGGGAAAUCACUGAUAGUACCAUGUGUCCAGGAACUUGCUAAAAAAUCCAUCACAAAGAUCCCACCUCGUUAUGUACGCCAAGAUCAUCAGAAACCCUUAUUCAAAUCAUCCGAUGACACCUCCACUCUAUCUGUACCUGUGAUUGAUCUUCACACCUUAUUUUCAACCGAUUCUCAAUCUUCCACUUAUUCCUCUGAGCUCAAUAAGCUUCAUUCAGCUUCUAAAGAAUGGGGUUUCUUCCAGGUUAUAAACCAUGGAAUAAGUGAGUCCUUAUUAGAGGAUUUUAAGAGUGAAGUUUUGAAGUUGUUCAAGCUUCCAAUGGAGGAGAAAGAAAAGCUUUGGCAGAAAGAAGACAGCCAAGAGGGUUUCGGUCAACUGUUUGUUGCAUCGGAGGAUCAGAAGCUUGAUUGGUGUGACAAGUUUUACGUAAAUACCCUUCCACAUAAUAUCAGAAAUUCCAAACUAUUUCAGAAGUUACCUCUCAUCCUCAGUGAGAAGGUGGACACCUACUCUAGGGAAAUAAAAAAACUAGCAGUAGGCAUCUUGGGUGAAAUGGGUAAGGCUCUAGGGAUAGACAAGGAUGAAAUGGCGGAGUUAUUUGAUGAUGGUGCCCAGUUCCUACAGAUGAAUUACUAUCCCCAAUGUCCUGAACCUGAAUUGGCUAUGGGAUUCUCCCCUCAUUCUGAUGCAACUGGAUUAACAAUCCUCUAUCAACUAACCAAAACCACUGGCCUCCAAGUUCGAAAAAAUGGAAAUUGGGUAUCCGUUAAACCUUUGCCAAAUGCUUUGGUAGUCAACAUUGGGGACAUAAUGGAGGUUGUAAGUAAUGGUGUAUACAAGAGCACAGAGCAUUGUGCAACAGUGCAGUCAAACGAGGAGAGGUUAUCAGUGGCCACAUUCUACAGCUCCAAUAUGGGUGUAGAAGUAGGCCCCGCAAGAAGCCUUAUUGCACAACAUAAUGUAGAAAAUUUUCUACGUGUCACUUUUGAGGAAUAUUACAAGGAUUUUUUUGCUCGAAAGCUUGAUGGUAAGUCAAACUUGGAGUUUAUGAAACUUUAA